AUGUCGCUUUUGGGAGACAAUUCGCGGAUUCAGGCCCUCACGACCGGUCUUCUACUUCUUAUUGUUGAAAUUAUCGUUAUAAUUUCUUUCGGAGGAGGUAUUUAUUUUAUUCUAAGUUCUUCCUAUGAAUUCAUAGUGAGAAAAAAAAAAGAAAAAGACAUGGAAAAUGCACGAAAAAGCCUUAUAGACGAUUAAAAAUCGAAAGAAGGAUUUUUCAAAAGUUAAAAACGAAAAAAAAGGAAAAUGUGAAAGUAUUCGAAAAAAGGUAAAAUUUGCAAAUUUUUUAAUUCAAUAUUAGCAAAAUGCAUCAUUCAUACAACAAGAACUACAGUUGGAGAAUAAGAAAAGCUCAAUUUUUCAAAAAUUCUGUAGGACUCUUUGGACUAGUUUUUUCAGUAAAAUCUUCAAAAAAUUCGGUUAGAAGUUUCAAAAUGACCAGAUUUUCCAAUAACUGAGUCUCCAUGAAUAAAACUUCCUAUAGAGUCUGAAAAAAAAUCCAUUUUAACCGGAAUAAAUUUGCCAAAACUUAUUCAGAAACUAAAUGAGAUCUCAACCCAAAAUUUUCCAUCUCAAAGUCCAAAAACAGACCCCGCAAUCCAUUUAUCUCAACAAAGACCUCCGAUUUCGUAUAUUACUUUUUUUUUUCCCUACUCAAGCCGUCAACAAAAAAAAAGGACACGUUUAUUGAGGGAGUGAAGCGAAAUAAUAGCCUUCGCAAACAGCCUCCAAUAUUUUCUCCCUUCAAGCGAACAAUUCAAUGAUCUUGGGGUUGUUGGGUGAAGUGAGUGAAGUAGUUAAAGCUGGAGGGGUCACUUAAGGGAUUUUUUAGAGAGAUUUGAAACACGAAAAUUUCAAUGAUCUUGGGGUUGUUGGGUGAAGUGAGUGAACUAGUGAGAGUUGAAGGGGUCACUUAAGGGAUUUUUUAGAGAGAUUCAGACCUAGAAAUCUUCAGAAAGUCAGAAUUGAUAUUUCAAUGUUAAGUUCUUUCAAGGCCCUAAAAAGUCCUGAUGAUGAAAUAGUUAAAGUUGAAGGGGUCACUUAAGGGAUUUUUUAGAGAGAUUCAGACCUAGAAAUCUUCAGAAAGUCAGAAUUGAUAUUUCAAUGUUAAGUUCUUUCAAGGCCCUAAAAAGUCCUGAUGAUGAAAUAGUUAAAGUUGAAGGGGUCACUUAAGGGAUUAUUUAAAGGGAUUUGAAACACGAAAAUUUCAAUGAUCUUGGGGUUGUUGGGUGAAGUGAGUAAAGUAGUCAAAUUUGGAGGGGUCGCUUAAGGGAUUAUUUGAAGGGAUUUUGACCUAAAAAUCGUCAAAAAAUCAGAGUUGAAAUUUAAAAAAUUCAAAGUUCAGUUCUUCUUUAAGGGCCCCAAAAAAAGCCCCUUUAAAUGACAGAAAUCUCAAAAAAACCCGGAAAAAUUGUAGCAGAAAUUGUGAUUUUUUUCAAUGAAGGAUCAUUGCAAAACGAUAAAAAUCCUAAGAAAAAUUUUUUUAAUCAACCUAUAAAUGGUCCAAAAACAUUCCACGUUUCAAUAAAACUAUAAAAAAAGAUUUUUUUGGAAGUCCUAGUCAUUUUUUUCAGGAAGUCGACUGUUGUCUUAAAAAAAUCGAGACGAGAAAAAAAGACAAAAAUUGCCGAUUUUUCUGGUAUUUGUUCUGAAGAAGAAGCUUAAAUUAUAGCUUUUUCAAUAAGCUGAUAAAAUAAAAAAAUAAUAAAUUUCCAGGCUGGUCCCACGCGUCCUACAUCGAUGGAAAUCACGGAGCCCCACCACCUCUAUCUACUUUGAUCCCGUUUCCAACGGUACCUUUAGAAAAAACUUUUAUAUAAGUCCAAAAAUUUGACUUUUCCAAGGUGAAUUUGAGGAAAAUGUAGUUAUUUUCUUGAAUAAUACGGUACAGAAAUAACUAAUUCCACAUGAUUUUUGAUAGUUUCCUUAAAAAAUUCUCUAAAAACUAGAAACUUUGGAAGUGAAAGUAGAACUGACCAGUGAGGCGAUAAUAGGCGUUAAAAUAGUCCAAAUCUCCAUCAAUUUUUGUCAUUUUCGGAAAUUACGGUAGGUAGAAAAGUUCGCAACGUUGUGUAGACACCAAAGAACUUCUAGCCUUCAAUUUUUCCUCGAUUUUUCGGCGUUUUUUUCUGAAAAAAAUUGAUCAUUAGAAAAAAAUUUAACAUAGUAAAAGUGAUAUUUUUUUAGGGAAAUUAUAAAAAAACUAUUAUAUUUUUGAAAAACUGUUAACGAAAAAAACGACACUUGAAUUAUUUGAGCAGCUUUACGGGGAUUCCUAAUGGGGCGAGCUAAGGAUCGCGAGGCGUCAUAAUUUAUUUUUUUCAAUUGCGCGCUCCGAAUAUAAUUAGGUCACGAUACGUCAUUCUACGUCACAAAUUGCAUUGAGUAUUCAACGUUAAUAACUUGAUUUUUGCUGCGUACUUGUGAUUUAAAUUUUCGCGCCAGAAACUUUUUUUUUUGACGUUUUCCCGCCCCGUUUGGGAACGCCGUGAGCUUAUCGAACGUUUUAAAAUCCAAUAGCGUGAAAAUAACCGUUAAAUACAGGAAAAAAAGAAAAAGCAAAAAAAAUAGGAGCAGAUUUCAAAAAAGAAAAAGAGAUGUUCAUUGGAGCGCACUUGCUUUCUGUGCAUACACCUUGCAGAAUUUCGAUCUACAGUCCGCGAAAAAAACAUAGCAAAUGAACUUUGUUAUUUUUUUAAAGGUUUUUCGCCAUCAGAAAGGUUAUAGUUAGAAGUUAUUAAGACCGAUUCAAAAUUGGUCAAUUUGGUCCCUUUUUUUUUGAUAAUUCAGUUUCAAAUUUAGAAAUUUGUUUCAAAACCCUGACAGCUCAUAAAUUCAAUCAAAUAGAUUACUUUUUCCAUCAAGUACCUGAACUUUCAGGAAGUCCCAGGCUGGUUCUACUACCUGGCGAUCAAUCAAAUCAUCGCCCUGGCCUUUGGCGGACUUUUCCUCGUUUGGGUCGUCGCGCAACUGUAAUUUUUAGCUUUUCGAUUCAAAAUAUCAAUAGGAAAUUGAUUCAGAAUUGCUCCGGAUCAGUUUGAAAGUGGCUCGAAGAAAAGUUUGCUCGUGAACUUUGCCUUUUCCGUCGUUUUUACCAUUCUUCUGUUCAUCGCCUUCAUUCUCUACGCUUCUUCUUUCAAGAGUUGGUUUUUUUUUCUUCAAAUGUCACUUUUCAAGCUUCAGAAGCUAUAGAAAAAGUGUAAACUUUGAAUAAAUCAAAUAAAAAAACUUUUUUUCCCCUUGCUGUCUUGGGAACACAUAGGUUUGAAACAAAUUGGAAAAAAUGGGUUCAAAAUAUUUUUCUUGACGAUUUCUCCAAUUUUUAAAGGGAUUCAUGCUUCUGUAGCACCUCAGUAACAAUAUUCCAGAAUUUUUUCUCGAAAAAAGUCAUUUUUCAAGCCCUCAUACCUCCAAAGACCUUGAAAACCAGUCUCAAUAUCAUAAAAUACCCUCUUCUUACAUAGGCGAGUUUCAAGCCUUGAUAAUUCUAGAACCAGCAAGUUUUAUAAGAUGAAACUUACAUAUUCUGAAUCCUCAUUCCAAGCUCUAUCCCUCGGUGUACAAGACUUCCCAUUUCAGCCUCGGAAUACCGGACGGAGGCCAUGUGGUUCGGGUACUGUUUCUGGCUGGCCGUCGUCGACGCCGCCCUUGCCCUCGGCAGCACCAUUCUCACUGCUCUUCUUCUUGUCCGUCAUCGAUUGAACUGA